AUGGCAUUCGGCGGGCUUCUCGACAAUUUUCUUCAGGAGAAAUCGCGAGGCCUCGUGAAUGAUGGCAGCGCACACAAAUCGUCAAUGUUUUAUCAGCAUCGUCAAGAAUCCUAUUCAAUGUAUCAAAACUAUGGGAUGGCGACGAAGAAAAUGAGCACAAUCUCGAUGGUGAAUCCGAAAAUGAGCACAAUCUCGAUCGACGUCUAUCCGAAAUAUUCGCUGAGCGCGAGAUCUCCGCGUUAG